AUGCAAGGGAUCGAUCAUAGUCUAUCUAAUUUGUCGCUAGAUCAGCUUCAAACGGCGCCUGUGACUAAAAAGGGUCGGAGACCCAAUCGCGCUUAUCACACCUUUGACACAAGUCAUCAUGGAUCUCCGAAUUCGAAUGCUGGUCGUGCAGAUGUGCAGAGUGUUGACCCCUACAUGAAGUCUUCAGUGAGUCAAUUGUCAAACUCUAACUUGGCAACACCCACUCCUGCAGCAAGCGGUCAGUUCUCAGUCAGAGACUCGCCAACCUUGGUCACAUCGCACUACGUUCCUAAACAAAGGCUCGAUAGUCAAGAAUCUUUUAUUACGCGGACAUUUGUGACAUCUCAGGACUCUGUUCCACCUUGUGCUACUACUCCGUUUUAUUGUGUUGACCAGAAUUCGAGUGAUCCGCGCAAGAUCGGUCUCACCAUGUACAACAUACCAAAAAAUGAACAAAUACGAUCGGCCGUAAAACUACCAGUAGGUGCCGUCAUCCAGCCGUUUGCAAAGUCCAGUCCCAAUGAUGAUGUGCCUCAAGUGUCCACUGCUAUUUCAGGUGGUCCCUUGAGAUGCAGAAGGUGCAAAGCUUACGUGAACCCCUCAUUUUCCUUCACAUUCGAUUCAAGGGCCGUUUGUAACUUCUGCAAAGUCAGCACGCAGCUUGAUGAGAAUUAUUGUGCACCUUUAAAUCCCAAUGGGGUGAGGUCUGAUUUGUACGAAAGACCGGAGCUUAUGAAAGGGACUGUCGAUUUUCUAGUUCCAGAAGUAUACAACAGUACCCCCGGCAAAGACAACGUGCCCUUGCAUUACGUUUUCCUCAUUGACAUUUCGACUAUUUCCAAUGAAAAUAGAAGCUCUUUGGCUAUGGUCGAAGGGGUUAGGACUUGCAUUGAACAUAUAUCCGCCAAACAGCCGAAGUGUAAAAUUGCAAUAAUGGCAUUUGACAAACAGUUACGAUUUUUCAACUUGAGAAAAGAGCUCAACCAGGCUCAGGAAUACAUCAUAACAGACUUACAAGAUGUUUUCCUGCCACUGUACAACGGCCUUUUCGUGAGACCAGAGGAUUCCAUGCAUGUGAUUCAAGAUACUCUCUCUAAAAUCACUGCAUACAUUGAAGACAGCAAAUUCUCGCAUCGUUUCGAGGCUUGCUACGGAUCUGCUUUACAAGCUGCAAAACUAGCCAUUGACACGGUCACUGAGGGUCAGGGUGGUAAAAUUUUGGCCAGUUUAAGCACUAAGCCAGCACACGGAAUUGGUAACCUGAGAUUGAGGAAUGAAGAUGCUUUGAAAAAGACCCUUAAAUGCGAAAACAACACAUAUAUCAAACUCGGUGAAGAUCUUCUUAAAUCCAAUGUAUCUCUCGAUCUCUUUUGCACGGGAUCUGCGUUCAUGGACUUAGUCUCAGUUGCUCAGCCUGUUAAGGCUACUUCGGGCUUCCUUAAAUACUAUCCCAAUUUUCAAUUGGAACGGGAUGAGUUCUCUUUUGUCAAUGACAUACUACACAGUGUUGCCAAUACUGUUGGCUAUAAUGCACAACUAAAAGUCAGGUGUUCAUCUGGUCUUUCCAUUUUCAAUUAUUACUCAGAAUCUGUGGAUAACACUGAUCGUGAACCUAAAAUACCUGUACUUCAUGGAGACACUACGUUGAACGUACUUUUCAAAUUUGAUGGCCAACUUGCGUCCUCUGCGGAUGUACACUUCCAAUGCGCGGUUUUGUAUACCGACUUGAAUGGGGUGAGGAAAGUGCGCAUUUUGAAUGCCGCUGCCGCUGCUAGCGAAGACAUUCAUGAGGUAUUCAAAUUCGUUAAUCAAGAUGCUGUUGUGAGCAUAAUGGUCCAUGACAUGUUAACGACUUUAGCUGAUUGUGACUUCACGCAAAAGCGCAAUACCAUUGACCAAAAGGUGGUGGAUAUAUUGACGCAAUACCGAGGCUUAGUCUCAGGUUCUAGUUCAAGCCAGCUUGUCCUACCGGAAUCUUUGAAGACUUUGGCGGCAUACAUGUUGUCCUUUGAAAAGUCAGAGCUUAUGAAGAACAACAAUAAGUCAGCAAACGGCAACUCGCGGGUUUAUGACUUAUUCCAGUGGCAUACUAGCCAUCUGCCUCAAAUGUUAUACAAGCUAUACCCACAAAUUCUGCCCCUUCAUGAGCUAUUACAGGAAACAGACUUCACCUUUUAUGACGAAAAUGAAAUUCUCCUCCAGGCGACGGCGUCUGAGACUAUGAGCGUGCGUACGGCUCGCCGUGAGCUUAUUGACGGUGGGUGUUAUUUGAUUUUCGACGGAACAACGGCGUUUCUAUGGUUCAACGAAAAUACCAACAGUAAUCUGCUGGAAGAUCUGUUGAACGCAGACGUCUCAACAAAGCAUCAUGAGAUCAAUCUUUUCGGAAAUACUUUACCAAUUCUAGACACCAUUAUUAAUGUGAAGGCUCGCAAUGUAUUACAAAAUUGGCGUCAAAUAGUGGGGCGCUCUUACGUCCCAUUGAUUUCCCUGAGGCCACACGUUGACGGCUAUUAUGCGCAUACAAUGGCUUCAUUGCUUUGCGAGGAUAAGUCAAUCGAAAUGAUCGAGAAUUUUGAUAAUUAUCUCGUGUCUCUACACAAGCGCAUUCAAGAAAAACUGAAAAAAGAUGACUUUACAAAACCACCACAUGCAAAGGACCAUGAUAACUUGAGCCAGAAGUUUAUUCAAUUUUAA